CCCCCCCGCAUAAGGCAUACCUGCGACACAAGCCCCUGAGCCUGUCUCCACAGCCCUGGGCGUGGAAUGCGCCAUGGAACCUCCUCCACCGAGCAGCAGCAGCGUCUUCAGCAGACGGCCCUCCUUCUUUGGCGGCAAGAGCAGACACAAAGCCUCGCGCUCCAACGUGCCACCGACGCUCUAUCUGCCGCCGGCGUCACCUAUUCAAGCGCACAAUCCCGCCGCGCCGCCGCCAGACACAACCCCUCCUCUAGCCAGCCAAUCCGAUCCGCCCGCGAGAGCACCGACAACGUCACAGAAGCGCUCCCGGCACAGCAUCUCCAGCACCGUAGGGGAUAUCGGGCUGCAGUUGCGGAGGAGCCGCAGCACGUCCCUUCGGAGCGCCGCGUCGUCCCACCAUAAGAGGCACCCCUCGGCCUCCACCAUGCACUCCGUCUCGCUCUCGCCCGAGAAGAGCGUCCCUCCUGCGGCGCCCAUAUCUGCCUCGCGCCCGACGCUCUCCAUAUCGACCUUCUCGCGCAGCAAGGCCAAGAGCAGCGACAACGUCAAGCCCGAUGGUGGCGGCCUGCAGCACUCGGACAAGACGCCCUUGAGCGCCCUCGACAAGCCCAAGACUCCCUUCGGCAUGGCCGUCCCUAUCCCGCUGCGGCACCCGCCCAGCCAGAAGGAGGUGCAGCAGGCACAACGGCAGGCGAGCAACGCUGGCCUCGCGCCCGCAGCGCCCAUACCCGUCCCCAGCGGCGCGAACCCCAACAUCAUAUUCCAGCACAUCCACGAGCUUGCCUCGAAGCGCAUAUCCACCCUGGACUAUCUGCGCAAGGCUCAUGAAGGCAGGAUAUACUGGUUCAACACGCUCCUCUUCUCCAAAACCGACCUCGGCCGCCUCCCCUCCUUCACACCCCGCAACCAAUCGCGGCGCGCAACCCAGUACCUCCUCCUCGGCUUCAGCCUCCCGACGAUCCUCGACCUGCACGCCAACUCGCCCGCCGACUACCUCCGCGCGCUCAACGCCCUGCUCCUCGAGUUCGAACAGUACCAAUCCAUGCACCCGACCGACGGCUCGGCGCCGAGCCUGAGCCGCGCGAGGAUACCGCAGAUGUUCAAGCGGGCAAACUUGGGCGGAAAGGGCCGGCGCAGCAGUUCAGCGGCCGGCGAUUUUCCUCUGGCGACACCGCAAGCGAGUUUUGGGAGUGACAACGCGAGUAUGAUGGGUGUGGACUCGCCGCCCACAGACGAUCUGCUCCCGAAUGAGACGUAUCUCUACCUCCAGACACCGAGUCUGCCGUUCGAUCCGGAUUUUUUUAGCACGUUUGCGACGCUGUGCGAUGUGCUUAUUGAUUGCUACGCGAAGAUGCUGAGUAUGCUCUCCACGCCCGAGUCAGUCACGCUGGCCGGGCAGGGCGUGCCGAGCACAGUGGGCGAUUUGUUCAGCAAGGCCGACGCGAGAGUGCGAAAGAUCAUCUUGGCAGGUGUGGUGAGGGAGUUUGAGGAGAGCUGUCGACAAGGGGUUCGGGGAGAGGUUGGAGGUGUAGGGAAGGUUGUGCUUGGAGGGCUGAUGUAGCGAUGGUCUUGUGCAUCAGCACCAGGGAGAGCUUGGCUGGGGAGCAUGUCUGGCGUGUUUAUGACUUUUAUGAGGAGGAGUUGGUGUUUAUGAUACCCGUGUGGGUCGCUGCAUAGCGAUGGCGUUUUUGCAUAGUUGACAUGCUAGACAGCGAGGCCUGAAUUCACGUGAUGACGACAAGUUCCCGCUUGCCUCAUAUAUCUAUAUAGCCUGCGCGUCGUG